CGAAGGCAACACAUUUUGAAUCAUUUUUAGUGAGAUGACAUUAUAAUUUUAUGGGAUCGGGAAUUCUACCAGUCUGAAUGAAUGGAGACGCUAAAUCCAUUGCCUCGUGUACAUAGAUAGAGUGUUACUCUUUGCACACUAAAGAGCACUUACAACACCAUACACACUGAACUCUUAGAGGGUUACGUAGGCGACCUGCAUGUUGCAAGGCAAAAUUUUGACCCCUAUCUAAAUCCGCUCAUUUUCCAUUGGUAGUCAAAAUUCUCGUCUUCUGGUCGACCCACUUUGACGAACCUACAAUGUAGAAGAAGUAGCACAUGGAAUAAUUUGCAUUAAGGCGUUCUGUUAUAGUAAAACAUAAGCUAUCCUUGACCCAGAAGUAGAAAACACUCAAGCAUACCGGUAUGAAAGAUAACACAGAUAACGCGUUGAUAUUUUUACCUAUCUGUGUGAAAUUGGAAUAAGUGAUGUAUACACGAUAUGGAGAAAACAUUUCUCGUUGUAGGUUUAGCAUGUGUAGAUACGGUAACUGUUGUCUCUACUUAUCCAGAGGAAGAUAUAUUGACGAGGGCACAAGAGUUUUACCGGCAAAGGGGAGGCAACGCUGCAUAUACAAGCUGCAUUCUCUCUUUACUCGGGGCUAAAGCAGAAUUUUUGGGCACACUCGGUACUGACCAAGAAGCUGGGUUUCUCAAGGAAAUAUUUCAUAGUUAUAAUGUUGACAUCGUAAAUUGUCCAAAACCACUUGAUGAGAUAGCCACUCCACGGUCUAUAGUCAUCAAUAACAGAGAAAACGGAACAAGAACCAUCUUACAUUAUGACAGGAAUUUCAAAGAACUGACGUUUGAAGAUUUUAGAUGUAUACAGCUGUCGAAAUACAAUUGGAUUCACUUAGAAGGAAGGUCUAACUACAAAGAACUACAAUUGAUGAUGGAAUGGAUAGAUAACUAUAACAACACAGUGGAAGCGGACAAGCGAAUCCCAGUGUCCCUGGAAAUUGAGCUCCCAGACUGCACAGGACUAGAUAGUUUGUUAAAUAAAGUGGAUACAGUUUUUGUUAGUAAGGAAUAUGCCAUAGAUAGAGGAUGCAGCAAUAAAGAGGAAGCUGUUCAGAAAAUAGUCAGCAAAUGCAGAGAAGGCGCCAACAUGGUCUGUGCAUGGGGUGAAGACGGAGCAGCUGCUGUGUCACCUGACCGGAAACUAAUUUCUGUUCCAUGUUUCCCGCCAACAGAGGUAGUAGACACUCUAGGAGCAGGCGAUACUUUUAAUGCAGCAGUAAUCUGGUAUUUAUCCAGAGGAAAGACUUUAGAAGAAGCUGUAACAUACGGGUGUAAAGUAGCUGGAGCUAAAUGUGGAAUGCAAGGGGUUGAUGGAUUAACAAUAUUCAGAGAGCAUUGAAACAACUGUAAAUAAUUAUUUAUAUGAGUGGUCAUGACAUCAUGACUGCACCUAUGUAAAAUUGAGAUGGUGAUAUAUCCGAUUGACUUUUGGUGGUUAUUUACUCUCAGUUGACUGUAACUGGUAUUCUUUUGAUUUUCUUUCAUGGAUCAUCGAUCCUUGCAUUGCUACACACACAUGCAUAAAUUUACAAGGAGUGCUUUUAAUGAGCCGCAACUCUAUUAAAAUGAUAUGAAGUUA